AUGAGAGGUAAGACGCAGAGGGUCAACCUCUCAGCAGUAUCCGAAUUUGUUUUCGUGGGCCUCUCCGAUGCUCCAGAAAUCCGUUUGCUUCUCUUUGUGCUGUUUCUGCUCAUUUAUUUGGCCACCGUGGCAGGCAACACCACUCUCCUCGCUGCCAUCAGCACCGACUCCCACCUGCACAGCCCCAUGUACUUCUUCCUCGGCAACUUGUCCCUGCUGGAUCUCUUAUGUACCACCAUCACCGUGCCCAGGAUGCUGGGGGCCUUGCUGCUGGAGCACAAAGAGAUUUCUUUCUGUGGCUGCCUGUUCCAGCACUUCUCCCUCAUUGCUGUGGUGGGCACAGAGAUUUUCCUCCUGGCUGUGAUGGCCUACGACCGCUACGUGGCUGUGUGCCACCCCCUGAGGUACCCGAGCAUCGUGAGCACGAAGCUGUGUGCUCAGCUGGCCCUGGGCACCUGGGCAACGGGGCUUCUGAACUCCCUGCUGCACACCUCUCUGGUUUUCACACUCUCUUUCUGUGGUCCUAACAAAAUCCAGCAGUAUUACUGUGACAUGCCUCCCAUGCUGGCCCUCUCCUGCUCAUCCACCCACAGCAGGGAGUUGGUGAUCCUGGUGGUGGCCGGGGUGUUGGGGAGCAGUGCCUGCGUGGUCACCCUGGUCUCUUACCUCUGUAUCCUCCUGGAAAUCCUGGCCAGGAAGUCCCCUGAGAUGUGGCACAAGGCUUUCUCCACCUGUGGCUCUCACCUGUCCGUAGUUUGCCUUUUUUACGGGACCACCAUCUGCACCUACGUCCGUCCUUCCUUCACCUAUUCCCCGCACUGGGAUAGGGUCGUGUCCAUGCUCUAUGGAAUGCUCACCCCGCUCCUAAAUCCCAUCAUCUACAGCCUCAGGAACAAAGAGGUAAAGUGUGCCCUAAAAAGAGCCAUCAAUAUGAAAAUAUGCAACAUAAAAGAGGAUGCGAAUGAUUUAUUUUUCUCCUCUAAAAAUAGCAUCCAGUUCCCCGGGCACGGCCCUCCCUCACUCCCCCGCCUGCGGGGCUUUGUAAGGGAACAGCUCCCCCGCGGCCAUGACACCCGCCCGCGCCUUCCGCUGGCGUCAUCCCCUCGCGACACCGACACCAGAUUCCCCCCACCGGUGCUGCACCCCGGCAGCGCUGCGGCAUGGCGGAAACCACCCUGCAGGUUCCCGAGUGUCCGUGAGGAGACAACAGGGGUGGAGCCGCCCCGCCGAACCGUGCAGAAGCCGCUGGUGGCACCGCUCCGCAGUCGCGCCGUUGGGACUACAACUCCCGGCGUGCCCCGGGGCAGCGGCGCAUAG